UGUGAGAAUUUCAUAAACCCCCACUCGCCCCGCUCCUCCACUUUCCCUACUGCUACUACCUGGCGACUCCUUAUCCCCCGCCCCCGCCACCGUCCAGCAGAAUCACAUUUAUUCAGAACCUUCCCGAUUAAUGAUACUUACUUAUAUCUAUAUCUAUACCUGUAUCAUCUAAAGUGAACAUUUCCCAUCACAGUAGUACUACUAUUAUUCAAAAAAAGGGAAAAAAAAAUUUAUUUGCUGCAUGUGAUCAAUUGCUGAAAGAGCUGCUAAUGGGGUUGUGUUUUUCGCGGAGGGCGACGGUGAGGAAGAAGCAGUCGAGACGGCUGACUAACCAGUCGUCGUCAUCGGCUGGAAAUGGAGGAAUUGGAGGGAGUAAUAGGUGGUCCAGGAUUCGGUCCACUAAGAAAGAGGAACCCAUCAUCCACGAGCGAGCUUUGGCUGCCGCGAUCCUCUUGCAACAGGAGUUGCAGAACUCCGGCGCCGCCGCCGCCGUGCCUUUUGAUCGGUCAACUUCUUUGAGGUAUCCCAACGGAGGAAGCGCUAAAAGGAAUCAGACCUUGCCUAGGAGUUCCAGCUCCAGAGCCCGCUCCCUUACUGAUCCUUUACUGCACCCUCAACAGCUGCUCAAUCAGGAUGUAAAGCUUGAGGGUCUUGAGACAAACCAUUUUGUCCUUGUUCAUGGUGGUGGUUUUGGGGCAUGGUGUUGGUACAAAAGCAUAGCUCUUUUAGAAGAAGCUGGAUUUAAAGUUACUGCAAUAGAUUUGACUGGUUCGGGAGUUCAUUCAUUUGACUCAAAUAGUAUCACAAGUCUUUCACAGUACGUGAAGCCACUAUUUGACUUCCUUGAAAAGCUUGCAGAUGGGGAGAAGGUAAUUUUGGUAGCACAUGAUUUUGGCGGUGCGUGUUUAUCAUAUUCUAUGGAGCUCUACCCCUCUAAAAUUUCAAAAGCUGUUUUUAUAGCUGCAGCAAUGUUGACUAGCGGCCAAAGUACCCUUGACAUGUUCUCACAGAAGACAGAUUCAAAUGAUCUAAUGCGACAGGCACAAAUAUUUCUCUAUGCCAAUGGGAAUAGUCACCCUCCAACCGCUAUUGAUCUGGAUAAGUCUCUCUUAAGGGAUUUAUUGUUCAACCAGAGUCCAUCUAAGGAUGUUGCUUUAGCAUCUGUCUCCAUGAGGCCGAUCCCCUUCUUGCCAGUUUUGGAGAAGCUGUGUCUUUCUGACGCCAAGUAUGGUACUGUUAGGCGGUUUUACAUUGAAACUCAAGAUGACAAUGCCAUACCCAUCUCUGUGCAGGAGAGUAUGGUAAGCAAAAGUCCCCCAGAGAAGGUUUUUCGUCUAAAAGGUGCUGACCACUCACCUUUCUUUUCGAAGCCUCAAGCCCUACACAAGCUGUUGGUAGAGAUUUCAAAGAUCCCAUGAGCAUUUUUCUUUGCAUUCCCUAGAGUCCAACUGACAUGACCUGAGAAUUGGCACACCUUAUGAAAUUUGCCUCCUGACUUACAGACAGACUACAAGCAGCACCAGACACUCUGUUCCGGAGUGAGAUAGUAAUAAAACGGUCAAUUUAUCUGUCUGUUUCUCUUAGCAAGUGUAAAGGCAAUGAAUAAAUUAUGAGAUGAGUGGCAUUUAAAAUUUUGCUGUGUGGAAUGGAAUCACUGGAUGUAGAGAGAGAGCGAGGGCUCUAGAUUUUUAUGGAGGUGAGUUGGGGAGCGGAGAAGAGGAGGCCACUACUUGUGGUUGAACAUCUUGCAGCGGCCUCUCCCCUAAAAUUCGUUGGGGACCA